AUGUCCCAGAAAUUUACCGAUAAAACUAACUACGAGCAAGAUGGCCGGUGGGGAGCGGUCGAUGCCUACACAUCUAGCCAUCUCUUCCCAGCGUCGCGUAACAAGUACCACGAUGCUCUAGAGUUCGCUUAUAAGCACUCGAUCGAGAAGGGCCUACCUGAUAUCGCUUCAUACCCUGCCCAGGGAAGGUAUCUAUCGCUCCAAGCCCAGAUAGCCGGUGCCACCAACGUGCUGGAAGUCGGCACGCUCGGAGGCUACUCAUCCAUCUGGAUCGCAUCGGGUCUUCCCGCUGAUGCGAGAAUCACCACGGUUGAGGUCGACCCGAAACACAAACAGGUCGCAGAAGAGAACAUCGCCAACGCAGGGUUUAGCGACCGGAUCCAUGUCCAUCUCGGUGCCGGAUUGGAAGUCUUACCGAAGCUGGUGGAGGAGGUAAAGGCCGGGAAGAGGCAGCCGUUCGAUUUUGUCUUCAUCGACGCAGACAAGGAGAACAACCUGGCGUAUUUCGACGUCAUCUUACCUGCAGUGCGGUCGAGGGCGCCGAUUUUUGUGGACAACGUCGUUCGACGAGGAAAGCUGGCGGAUGAAGAGCUUGCGAAGGAUGAUUCGCGCGUAGCGGGUGUAAGGAGGCUGGUCGAGGCAGUUGGUCGGAAUGAGAAGGUCGAAGCUGUCGUCAUUCAGACGGUUUCGGAGAAGAACUAUGACGGAUUCCUGCUGGCUGUUGUCAAAUGA